GAAUCCAGGUAAAAUCACACACACACAGCCUCCUACAGUAAGCGCCCUACAUAGGCGACAGUAAGACCCAGUGGAAGCUUCGUGCAGACUCCGAGAGCGACAGGACAACCGAGAUCCACUGAUGCUACACAUCCACCUCAGGGACGCACAUUACAUACAGAUCUGCGCUGCUCCGAUACCGAGAUGCUGAAAGUGACCAUGCCCGCCUCCAGAACCGCUCCUGAAUACUGGAUCGACGGAUCCAAAAAAGAGACGCUGGCGGACUUUUAUGAGCUCGAGUCUGAAUUGGGACGGGGAGCCACAUCAGUGGUGUUUCGAUGCUGCCAAAAAGGCACCCAGAAGCACUAUGCUGUGAAAAUGCUGAAAAAAACAGUUGACAAGAAGAUUGUUCGAACAGAGAUAGGUGUAUUACUGCGCCUCUCUCAUCCAAAUAUAAUCAAACUGAAGGAGAUCUUUGAGACGCCUGCAGAAAUCAGCCUCGUGCUGGAACUUGUUACCGGAGGAGAAUUAUUUGACAGGGUGGUGGAGAAAGGCUACUACAGUGAGCGAGACGCGGCAGAUGCAGUCAAACAAGUGCUUGAGGCAGUCGCGUAUCUGCAUGAGAACGGAAUAGUGCACAGAGAUCUGAAACCCGAGAAUCUCCUGUAUGCCACCUCAGCGCCAGAUGCUCCGCUUAAAAUAGCGGAUUUUGGUUUGUCUAAAAUUGUGGAUGAUCAGGUUACAAUGAAGACCGUGUGCGGGACUCCGGGCUAUUGUGCUCCUGAGAUCCUGCGUGGUUGCGCCUAUGGUCCUGAGGUGGACAUGUGGUCUGUGGGAGUUAUCACGUACAUUUUGUUAUGUGGCUUUGAGCCCUUUUUUGAUGAAAGGGGAGACCAGUACAUGUUUAAACGCAUCCUUAACUGUGAAUAUGAAUUUGUCUCCCCCUGGUGGGACAAUGUGUCCCUUAAUGCAAAGGAUCUUGUAAAGAAACUGAUUGUCCAGGACCCAAAGAAACGUCUGACAACACAACAGGCCUUGCAGCACCCCUGGGUGACUGGAAAGGCUGUUAACUUUACCCAUAUGGACACUGCUCAGAAGAAACUCCAGGAGUUUAACGCUCGAAGAAAGCUCAAGGCAGCAGUCAAAGCAGUGGUUGCUUCAUCUCGACUGGGCAGCGCAGGAAGCCACGGCAAUACAGACAGCACCAAAACAGACUGCUGCAACUCUAUCAAGCAGAAGACGGAAAAAGAUCAAGCAGACAUCGAACAGCCUCAAAUUCAGAAUGAAGAUUCUUAGAUGUGCACAGAGCCUCGGUGGAACUGAAACUUCUUCCCUUCAUUUAAGGAAUAUGUUGAAUUUUACUGUGGUCCUCAUGAAUAACCAAACUGAACUUGGACCUGAACCUCUGAAACUGAACCUCUGCAUGCAGACUGUUUAUCUAAAGUCCCACAGUGUGACUCAGCCAAUUGUGAUAACCAUGUCAGCUUGAGUACUUCAGUUUGGAUUUUGUACAGCGAAUGAGUUUAUCAUUGUGGGCGGCGCUGAGAAGAACGAACGAUUAUGUGAUCAUUACCUCUAUGUUUGUUCGUGUUUAUUUUAUUAUGCUUGAUAAAACUGCCAAUUUAUCAUAAAGAGGAAGUACUCUAGACACGUAAGAACUUUAGUUGUUAAAAUUAAAUUUGUGCUGCUUUUUAUUAAACAUAAUAUAUUUGUUUUAAUAUUUUUUAUUUAACAUUUGCUGUAAAACAGAUUUACAUGUGAACUUUCAACUAAACCUUUACAUAAGCUUAAGCUGAGAAUGCCUUAUUGUAUACCGUGUUUUUAUAAUAAUCAGUAAAACUUAUUUUUGAAAAUACUAUUAGACAGUAUCUUUCAAACAUUGAUUUGAUGUUAACAGAGAUGUUGAAUUUCUCCUGACAUUGUUGAGAAUCACUUUUCAGAGUAGGAUAGUAUGUCUAUCUGACACAAAAAAUAUUGCAAUGAGAAACACUCCCUUGUGCCAAAAUCUGAUUUUCACUGUUUUCCCUGUCUCAUUUAGAGAUGCCCUUUAAAAUCUAAAAAAGUGUCAGGAUUAUUAUCUAAAUGACUUACUAGCAAUAGAACUCAUUUCUGAAUUUAGUGCAUUACCAACAAGUCUAUGUCUGAAACCAUUCACACGAGUAUAUAAAGGUUUUGAUCCAGUUUAAUAUUCUUUAUAGCAUGCUUCUAAUGUAUGGUAUGAGGAAAUGUUUUUGAUAAUCACAUUUAAGGAAUGUAAUGUGGAUAUAUAGGGGUUAAUGUUUUGCAUGUAGGAAUGUUUAUCUAUAAUGCUGCAAUGUCUUUUAAAAAUGCACUGUAUUUUACAGAUAGGAAUUGUCUAUUUAACGGUAUGAUAUUAAAGGCCAUUUGAAAGUCACUUUGUACUUGACACUAUAAUGUACUUACUCUGCCUGUUUCUAUGUCAAAUGACUCAUUCUAAAUGAUAAGUAUGAGGUUAAUUAUAUUACUUAAUAGAAAUAAAACAUGCAAAAUAAUA